AUGGCUAAUUGCCUUCCAUCCAAUUGUUCUUUUCAUGAAAUCUUACAAACAGAAUGUGGAUCCAGUAGGGGCAUUGAUACACAUGUGCUGCUAUCUGAGUGCAAAGCUGAUAUUUCUGCUCAUUUAGUGAGUUGUCACUUGUCCCACUGCUUAAAUGUUACAGAGAGCGACUUGAUUCUGGCGAGAGCUGGGAUCAGAGGGUUAUCGUCAACUCAUCUCGCACCCAUGACUAUAUGCCCAAAGCACAGGCAUCUCUUAGGAAGAUUCUGGCGACCUCCGAAGUCUUGCCAAUACCCGAAUCAUUCUGGUAAAAAAACUAGCGUGGCUGGAAGGCACGUCAUAAACUGGCAAAUGGCUGAAGAAAUAUAUCUCUUAUUUGGUAUAUCUACAGCUGUCGGAUCAC